GAAAAAUACAAAUGGAUAACGUUUGGGUUCUACCACUUUUCUUCCUAAUCUAUUUUGUGGUACUCACCGCUUACAAACGUUCGAAGAGGCAGCAACUCCGGAAACCACCUUCUCCUCCUGGUUAUCCAAUCAUCGGUAACUUACACCAGCUCGGAAAGUUACCGCAUCAAUCUCUAUGGAAACUGUCAAAGAAGCAUGGUCCUGUGAUGCUUUUGAACCUUGGAAAAGUCCCAAUGGUCAUACUUUCUUCUGUUGAAACCGCAAAACAAGCUCUAAGAGACAAUGACAUCCAUUGCUGUAGCCGUCCUACAGCAGCAGGGCUUAGAGAACUGUCUUACAACAACCUGGAUAUAGCUUUCUCUCCAUUUAGUGAGUACUGGAAAGAAGUAAGGAAGCUUGCUGUUAGGGAACUAUUCAGCACUAAACAAGUUCAUUCCAUUAAACCCAUCAUGGUCGAGCAGGUCAAGAAAAUGAUCGACUCAGUGGCCGAAUCAGCUUCUCAGAAAAUACCUAUCAAUACGAAUAAAAUGUUUCUUGAUAUAACCAAAAGUGUGGUAGGCAAAGCAGCAUUUGGUGUGAGUUUUGAGGGGACUGGUAUCAACAAUGAGGGGUUGAAUAAGUUACUCCGUGAGGCGUUCGAGAUGUUGGGAAGCUUCUCUGCCGCAGACUUUAUUCCGUAUGUGGGUUGGAUCAUCGACCAGUUCACGGGUUUACAAGGGAGGAGGGAGAGAAGCGUGAAAGGUCUUGAUGCCUUCUAUGAAUAUGUGAUUGGUCUACAUAAAGAGGAAAAGAAACAAGGGCGUGAAGAUUUCGUUGAUCUGCUCUUGAGGUUAGAGAAGGAAGGAACUGUUAUUGGAAAUGACAAUCUCACAAGAAAUCAUAUCAAGGCAAUUUUGAUGAACAUUCUUUUAGGAGGUGUCGAGACAUCAGCAGUCACAAUGACAUGGGCAAUGACAGAAAUGACUAGGAACCCUAGAGUGAUGAAGAAAGUUCAAUCUGAAAUCAGAAACCAAAUGGGGAAUAAAUCCAUAAUUAGCUUUGAUGACACAGAAAAGCUAACUUACCUGAAAAUGGUGAUCAAAGAAACAUGGAGACUACAUCCUCCAGUACCUCUUCUUUCUCCAAGAGAAGCAAUGUCUGAAUUUGAGAUUAACGGCUACACCAUAAAGGCCAAGACACGGCUUCAUGUGAAUGUUUGGGCUAUUGGGCGUGAUCCUGAUACCUGGAAAGAUCCAGAGGAGUUUCUUCCCGAGAGGUUUAUGGAUAAUAGCAUUGAUGCAAAGGGGCUAAACUUUGAGUUGUUACCGUUUGGAAGUGGCCGGAGAAUCUGUCCUGCAAUUUUUAUGGGAACAACAUUGGUGGAGUGUGGUCUUGCAAAUAUGUUGUAUAGUUUUGAUUGGAAGUUACCAGAAGGCACUGUGGUUGAAGACAUCGACAUAGAAGAAUCUCCUGGACUUAGUGUGAGCAAGAAAAAUGAGCUUCUACUUGUUCCUUUGAAGUACUUAGAUCAUUGAUCACUUAAAAGUUCUUCAUCUACAGUUUUGUUCCUUUUUUUGUCGUCCUAUUGGUCAAGGAAUUACUCCACCAAAUGUUUAAGAUAAUUUACUAAUGUAAUAGUUUGUAUAUGUUUUCCAAUAUGCUUUUACAAUAUGGAUGGAGGCAG